AUGCAGUGCACCAGAGUCAUCCGAACCAUUCGACCUGGCUUCUUUCGCCGUCCGUUCUCAGCCUCGACCGCCAUCAAGUCGUCCUGGAGUACUGGCCCGUCUCCACCACGCCUUCCAAAAGAAGAGCAAGAAAUAUUCGAGCGACUACAGAAGCAAUCGACGGGCGCCUUCAGCACCCCAAAGCAGCCUGAACAAGAUACUGAGAAGCACAAGGAUGUCGAUGUGGCAGCUGAAAGUGCAGAGCUCGGCAAUGCCACAGUGAGGUCAGGCGAGGCAGACAAGAUGCUUGAACAGCUACGAGAAAGAGCACGACUGGCGGCGAAGGGCGAUGGAGAAGAGCUACACCCGAACGUGCGAAGGGGAGCAGCACCUGAGUUUGACGGCGAUACCAAUCCGCAGACUGGUGAGGUCGGCGGACCUAAAAAUGAUCCACUGAGAUGGCGUGGCGAUUGGAGUUAUAAUGGCAGAGUCACAGACUUUUGA